AGUCACCAAUUUGUAAAGUUACGAUACGGUUGCAUGGUUGAAGCUCUUGAAUAAUUACUAAGAAUCCUUCCUAUUUACGAAGUGUUUAUAAAUAAUCAAACAGUUUUUUUUAAAGAAAUGCAACAAGGAUAUUUUGAAGUUGAUAAUUCUAGUGUAUCAGUGUCAGGGAGGGAGUGUUGCAAUUCUACUCCCUUCUCUGUUAAAGAUAUUCUGAAUAUCGUGGAUCAAAAUGAUGAUCACUAUUUGGGGUGCCACAUGGAAAGUAUGUCUCAUCAAAACUUCAUGGAUUGCGAUUCGGUGGCUUACAUUGAUAGCUAUCCUGCAUCAAUUCCGCACAGUUUCUUGCCUCACCAAAGCUACCAUCCACCAUCAUACUCAUCAAAUCUCUAUGAUUACGGAUCCCACCAAAAUGUUUACUCGAACUACCCUCCACCUACGAGUAGUGUUAUGGCCAACGGACACAUUACUGGAGCUCCUCCAAUAAUUCAGCCUAUGGAUUCAUUAAAGAAUCCUGCAUCAGGAAUGAAUAUUCGAAGAACUUCUCCAAAUUCAGAUACCCAAGAUCCUCGAGGGAUGUUUGGCAGCGAAUCAGAGAGUAGACCUCUAAAGAGCAUCGAUGACUAUGAGCUGCACUCCUUCUCUACGUCUGCACAGCAAUCCGUAGUGACCUCGGAACAUGUGCAGGAAUUGGAUAGCAUGUGUCAUCUCAGUGAGAACAAAGAGGACGUUGUUCAAGCCAAAGAUUCUACAAACCAAUUGGUAACGUCGUCGAGGUGUGAGUUGCGGAAAAAUGGUAAAGUUCGCGCCAAACGAAAGCCCCGUGUGCUAUUUUCGCAGUCGCAAGUUUUGGAACUAGAACGACGCUUCCGGUUACAGAGGUAUCUCUCAGCGCCAGAGAGAGAGGUGUUAGCACAAACAUUGAGUCUUACGCCGACUCAGGUAAAAAUAUGGUUCCAAAACCGACGCUAUAAGUGCAAGAGACUCACCAUUGAAGGUGGAGCAACGCUCACCGUGGUAAAGAGUGAGGUAAAACCAAUGGACACCGUGGAUAAAUCGGAUUCGACGAGCACAAAAACCAUUCAUUGUGGACAAGCCCUUAGUAAAGAAUUGAGCAUGUUGCCCAAGAGCACCUUCGCCAACAAUCUUCCACCACCUCCAUAUCCUGCUUACACCUUCAAUCACUUCGAUCAUCAGUUCAGCACUGUUGCUCCUCAUCCAUAUACCACAUCAUCAUUUGACCAAAAGCAUCACUACUGGAACUGAACCUGAAAAUGAGACCAUUUGUACUGUCUUGGAAGGACAAUUAAAUAACUUGAUAAUGUACAUAA